GUGAUCGUAGCUGGUGAGAAACGAGAGCAGCUUGACGAAGCCAUCCAAAAGAUCAAUGAGGAAACUCCUUCUGCUAAAAUCCAGUCAUUGGUGGUCGAUUUUGCAUCACUCCAAUCCGUCAGGCACGCAGCGGCCGAAAUCAAUGCCUAUCCUGAAGAUAUUGAUGUGCUUAUUAACAACGCUAAUAUGAAGGGCUGUCCAUAUCGCACUACCGAGGACGGAUUUGAAGCACUAUAUGGUACCAACUAUGUUAGACCCUUCCUCUUCACCAAUUUGAUCGUGCCUAAGAUUCUUGCUUCCAAGGCUCCGCGUAUUGUCAGUGUUUCUAGUAUUGGCCAUUUUCUUUCAGCUAUCCGUUUCGACGAUCUUUUCUUCGACAAAGGCAACAGAUACACCGAAUGGAUCGCAUACGCUCAAUCCCAGACUGCCAAAAUUUUGUUUGCCUGUGAGCUGAGCAAGCGCUACAAAAGCAAAGGACUUGCGGCCUUUAGUCUCCAUCCUGGUGUGAUCAAGAAACCUGCAUGUGCCAUUACACCUGAAGAUUCCGCUGGACCAGUAAAGGAUCACCAUGGCGAUGUGGUCGAUUUUAGUGGGGUGGCAUUCAAGACCCUUAGUCAAGGAACGUCAACUCUACUGGUUGCUGCCUUUGAUCCAACUAUUGCUUCGGAGUCUGGAUCAUACCUGGUGGACUGUCAAAUCGCCAUGGAUCAAGUCAAUCCUUGGGCCACAGAUGAUACGCAAGCCGAAAAACUGUGGAAAUUGACUGAGAAAUUGGUUGGACAACGCUUUGACUGACAAAGUACUUCAAUCCAAAUACUCUAAGCUGUACAAACAGAAUUUUUUUUAUGCCAGCACGUUUAAUUAUAAAAAAUCUGAUGAAUUCCUCUCCACCUCAUUUUUUUUGACCUGGAGUGGCAAUCAGAUUCCAACUCCCUUG